CUUUCAUUUCCUCGAUCGACGACGGACGGUGGCGUUCGUUCGAUCGCUUGAUUGUUAUUCACGUCAUCUUUUUAGUUUCCAAUGUCUGAUUUUUCCAUCCCACAUGCUUAGGGGUAACCGAAUUAAGAAAAAAUCCAAGAAUCCCCGCACAAGAAGAAAAGUACGAGUUAGAUUGGCGAAGUUAAAUGUGAAAUAAAGUGUGUGAAUAAAAGUUGCGAGGUGGCUCGUCUGUCCGGUUUGAUCUGGAUUUGAGCAGUUUGAACUGAGUUCGGACUCCCUUUGCCUAGGAUAUAUUUAUUUGAAAAGUUUUGGUGUUGUGUUUUAAGUACUUAUCGGUUGAUUUACCGGUAUACAGAAAGUUUUUAUUGGUUAAUUAGUUAAGAAAACCAGAUACAACAUGUCCGAGGAAUCGUCUGCUGAUCGCAAUGUAGAAAUAUGGAAGAUCAAAAAGCUGAUAAAGAGCUUGGAAAUGGCGAGAGGGAACGGCACAUCAAUGAUAUCCCUCAUAAUACCACCUAAGGAUCAAAUCUCGAGAGUGUCCAAGAUGUUGGCUGAUGAGUUCGGUACGGCGUCCAACAUCAAGUCGCGCGUGAACCGUCUGUCUGUGCUCGGUGCGAUCACAUCUGUACAGCACAGGCUCAAGCUGUACACUAAAGUUCCGCCCAACGGCCUGGUCAUAUACUGCGGCACCAUCGUCACCGAGGAGGGUAAGGAGAAGAAGGUGAACAUUGACUUUGAGCCCUUCAAGCCGAUCAACACGUCUCUGUACCUCUGCGACAACAAGUUCCACACAGAGGCCCUCACCGCGCUCCUCGCCGAUGACAAUAAGUUCGGCUUCAUAGUCAUGGACGGUAACGGGGCGCUGUUCGGUACGCUGCAGGGGAACACCAGGGAGGUGCUGCACAAGUUCACGGUUGAUUUGCCGAAGAAGCACGGUCGCGGUGGUCAGUCAGCGCUCCGUUUCGCCCGUCUCCGUAUGGAGAAGAGGCACAACUACGUGAGGAAGGUGGCAGAGGUCGCCACACAGCUGUUCAUCAGCGCUGACAGACCUAACGUAGCGGGUCUCAUACUCGCCGGUUCCGCGGACUUCAAGACCGAACUAUCACAGUCUGAUAUGUUUGAUCCGCGUCUCCAAUCCAAGAUCAUCAAGCUGGUGGACGUGUCGUACGGCGGCGAGAACGGUUUCAACCAGGCCAUCGAGCUGGCAGCCGAGUCCCUACAGAACGUUAAGUUCAUACAGGAGAAGAAACUCAUCGGGAGAUACUUUGAUGAGAUCUCACAGGACACAGGAAAAUACUGUUUUGGUGUUGAUGAUACAUUAAGGGCUUUGGAACUCGGAGCUGUUGAGACGCUCAUAUGCUGGGAAAAUCUAGACAUUCAAAGAUAUGUUUUGAAAUCUCACGCAACCAGCCAGGAGACUAUCUUGCAUCUGACACCGGAACAGGAAAAAGACAAGUCACACUUCACCGACAAAGACACUGGCGUGGAAUUGGAGCUGGUGGAAUGUCAACCUCUCUUGGAGUGGCUCGCCAACAACUACAAAUCAUUCGGAGCAACCCUGGAGAUCAUAACGGACAAGAGCCAGGAGGGGAGUCAGUUUGUUAGAGGAUUCGGUGGAAUCGGCGGCAUAUUGCGGUACAAAGUAGACUUCCAGUCUCUACAGCUGGACGAACCGCUGGACGACGUCGACCUGGACGACUAUUAGGAUGUAGGAUACUGGAUCUGGAUCCCGGGGAAAAUUUAAAAAAACAUGUCUCCUUCGCUACAAGGUGGAUUUCCAAUCAAUGCAGCUUGAUGAUGAAGAAAUUGACAACUUGUAUGACAUCGACGACUAUUAGGCAUCGGUUUUAGUUGUAACGGUUUACAGACAGACAUACACACACCCACAUACAUACACACACACACACAUAUAUACAUACACACACACAACAACACGAGAAAGACUUUGAAAUAUUGUAGGGUAGUUUGAUAAAAUUGUAUUUUAUUUACAACUCGGACCCGACAAUAUUAUAUUUAUAUUAUAAGGAAGUUCUCAAAUGUAUUCCCCUACACCAUGUUAGUGUGAGCCGUCUCAAGGAACACGUGACGAGGGUAGCGUCUCCGUUAUGCCUCAACCGUACCGAUUUUGAUGGAUAUUUAUAGUAGUUUUAUUGUUAGUGGUCAAAGGUCGACGUCACAAGCUCACCAUGUGCUUCCCGGAUGUAUCUUAACAUUAGAUUUUUUUGCUCCCUUUUCUUUUUCUUCUCUAAAUCACCCAACCAAGUCUCACCUGCCCGGCUUCGUGCACAGCUGUAUCUGAACGUCGCGUGUAAUGUAUUAUAAGUGCUCGGAAGUUUUAUUUGUAGAAACUGAACUACCCUCGAAAAAAAUUGCAGUAAGUUUUUUUUUUCCUCUUCGAAAUAUAUCAAGUUGUUAUAAUUA